AUGAAAGAUUCGCAUUUUUUCCCCCAUUUAUUUUUAAAGGGGGAAUUAAUGAGGCAGUUUUUGAUGGACGAAGAUGUGUGGCUAUUUAUACAAAAUUUUAAAAUGAAAUUAAAAGAAAGUCCCAACGAUGUUGACAGCUGGUUAGAUUAUCAGCUACACUUGGCGAGAAACAACAUGGGGCAUUUGUUCCACUCGGACAUCCCCCCAUUUGAGCACAUAAAAAAGAACAGCGAAAGUUUUAGCCCCAAGGUAGAUUACGAGGGGGAUAAAAAUUAUGGGCAUCCUAAUGAGUUUGCCAAGCGGAAUGACUUUUCUGAGCAGUGUGGGAGAAGUACCUGUGAUGAUUUGGGCCAACUGGACCGACUCACUCGUCGCAGCGGAGAGGGAGACGAAUCGGGUGAGGAAGAUAAAACAGAUGGAGAGCGAAAGAAGGAUGAGAAGGAUGAGAAGGGGGGGGACAGGACCACCUCUUUAACACUAGGAACAAGCAGAGUGGGCAUAAAUGACAUCCUCAUGAGGAGGUUGUCUCAAAGCGAACAGGAAAGGAAAGGAAGUGGCAGCGUCCACGUGGGGUCUAGCAUUCCCACACAAAAGGAUGACCCACAUUUGGGGGAGAGCAAAACUAGAGCUGAAUCGAGGCACUCCCCAAGUGGGACAGCACAAAGGAGGAGCAGCAGUGUUGGAAGUGAUCUCCAGUUUAGCAGCGAGCGGAAUGAUCACACCGAUGGGCUGACAGAUGAAAAUCCGAAACACCAUCACAGUGGUGAAGAUAUGAUAAUAAAAAAGAGACACGCUGGUAGGGAAGAAGCGAAAGGAGGUACAAACAGUUACAGUGGUGAGGACGAGGAAUGCCACGAAAUUAUGGGAAGGGUGCAGCAACCCAGGGAGAGAAACCACUUGGGGGAUGAAAUUUUUAGCCCCCAAAGGAAGGCAGUAAUGAAGUCGAGAUAUGAGGUGUCCACCACCCCCACGCAGUGUAGUGAGAAGGACGAUAUGAUGAUUACGUUUGGGGAAACUACCCUUAGGGAGGAUGGCACUCAUUGGAAGGGAGACGAUGAUUAUGUUCCCGAUGGUGCAGCGAAAGGAGCGGUCCUUCAGGAGGGAACCCCCCUCGGUGAGGACAAACCUGGGGAUAGAAGCGGGAGACGUCUCAGCGGUGGGAAGCAGCGCCCUGGCGGGAGCACCUCCCCCGUCGAGGAGCCCCUCCAGGGGGAGGUACACAAUAAGGCGGCCCCGAAGAAGGUGCCAACCAAACAGGUGGCAACCAACGAAGUGCCAACCAACGAAGUGCCAACCAACGAAGUGCCAACCAAUGAAGUGCCAACCAACCAGGGGAGCGAAACGCAGCACAGAGCAGCGGCCCCCAUUGCGAGCAAAACUCCAACGGAGGAGAGUCCCCUCCCGAAGAAAAACAAAGCGUUGGAAGGGUCUCCGCAUGAGGAGAAACAAAGCGGAAGUGACCCCACGUAUAACCCGUCAAGUGGAAGCAAAUUUCCAGAUAAAAACAAAAGGGAGGUGCCCAUUGUGAUACCCAAAAUGACCGUAACGAUUGACAAGCUGAUGAACGAGGAGACGGACAGGAAAUUAAAAAAAAUAUUCUGCCAGUGUGAUAACAAAAUGGAUGUAGAUUCAUUCGAAAGGUUGGUAGUGAUCGAUUUUCUAAAAAUUGGAAGAUACAUGAGUCACACGUUGUUCUCUCGCAUUGAGAAAGCAAACGAAGAUUUUGUAACCUGUGAGGAGGUGAGGAAAUACUUCCGCAAUCGUUUUAUCGACGGGACGAAGGAUCCGAGUUACUACGACGAUAGGAGGUAUAGGAGUUCAUUUGAGAGGGGCAAACAGGGGAGCUUAAAAAGUGCCCUUCACGUGGCCACUCCAUUGAAUGGCGGUGUAGAUGAGGAGUCUGCGAACGCAAUUUCGAACUUGCAAAAUGGUGCAACGCAUAUACACUGCGAGGAGGGAGCGCCCCAAGGGGAUGACGGAGGGGGGAGCCAAAAGGGAGAGCUCACAGACGUGCCAUACAAAAAGUGCUCCGUUAUAAACUUCUUCAACGCGAUUAAGGACCAAAGUAGGGACUACAUCGAGUUUAAAGAUUUCGACGUGUUCGUAAGAGAAAUUCUAAAGAGAAACACAUCAUUGCAGUUCCUGCAUGAGCACGUAGAAUUUCUAGAAAGAUACAUAGAGUCAGUCAUCGUGCGGAUAUAUUAUCACAUAGAUGUAAACGACACGAAUAGAGUCUACCUGAAGGAUUUGAGGAAGCACAACUUAGCUCACAUUUGGUGUUGCCUAGAUGACCAUAUAAAAGUGCAGCACGUGAAAAACUACUUUAGCUACUCCCACUUCUAUGUCUACUACUGCACCUUCUGCCAAACGAGCAGCUGCAAAGAUAUGCUCAUUGAUGAUAAUGACCUAUACAGAUUCGAUAACCAUUCAUUGAACGAUUUUAUAGUAAAUAGAAUUUGGUCUAGAAUUUCUAUAAAGUUAGGAGGGCCAAAUGAAAAAUAUAUGUGUCUAAACGAUUGGAUUUAUUUCAUUAUGAAUUAUGAAGACAUGACAUCCAAUCGGGCCAUUGAAUUUUGGUUUAAGCUAAUCGACUUGGAUGCUGAUUGCGUCAUUAGGGAUCAUGAGAUUCAAGUCUUUUUUAAUAUUCAAAUGGAGAGAUUAAAGUCCCACUAUUUAGAGGAACCCAAAUUUGAAGACUGGUUAUGCCAGAUGAAUGAUGCCAUUCAGCCAAAGAAUGAAGGCAAUUUUACUCUAUCUGAUUUUAAAAGGAAUAAGAAAUAUGCCGCCAGAUUUUUCGGUUGCUUGGUUAGCCUUUCCAAGUUACUUGCUUGGGAGAGCAGGGAUGUAUACAAGGAGCUGCAGAUCGAGACGGAGUUCCCCCACGCCACUCCCUGGGAGAUCUUCUGCAAAACGAAGUACGACGAGCUCUGCUACAUGGAGAAUGAGGGCUGCUACGAGGACAACUUUGACUCCUACGACGCGAAGGCCUUCUACGGGCUGGACUCCGACUGA